AGAAGUUUCAUCACUUCCGUUGGGCAAUUGCAGGCGGCAGGCCAUUGUUGACUCGCCGGAAAUUGCAGCCAUAUUCUCCGUCAUUCGUCUUAGGAAUACUAAAAAUGGCGGCAGGGGAGUCGUCGAUGAGCGGCGGGAUCAGCGCCGGAGCGAACGUAGAGGUUGGGGACUGCCAUUUGGUGGAGAUGUCUCUGUUGCCCGGUGCCGUACCAGCUGACCGUCUUCCUGACGCCGUGGCCUCAUCUACGGACGCUUCAAUUGCUAUUUCCGAUGAUCAAAUUACUCCCUUGCUCCCUAAACCAGAGAGGACUAAGAUCAACAUCUUCACUAUCUCGUACCCUAAGCGAAAGUCUAAUAAGGAGCAAGUGGUAAGGUCAGAAUCCGAUAUGUCACCUUUUAUGGAGUAUAUAAUAUGGGCAUGGAGCGGAUCAAGGUACUCUGGACUACUAUGUGUGACUUUAUCAUCCACAAUCUACUGUACUAUGGAUUUUCUUUCUGAUAUCUUUUCAGGUCAAUCAAUUUCCCUUUUUGAAAUGGCAUUUACAAGGUGUACAUCACUCUUGAUUUUUUCUCUUGUGUGGUUGAAGAGAACCGGACAGCCAAUAUUUGGCCUGAAGAAUGUCACUACACUUUUGGCUUUAAGAGCUAUAGUUGGAUAUUUCUCAUUAUCAAGUUUCAUUUACUGGUAAGAGGUGCAUCUUGGAAAAUACCCACCUAUCCCCUCACCCAAAUAAUAAUAAUAAUGAUGAUGA